GCUCGACUAUGUCGUUCGCUGUAAUUAGUGUUCGAAUUAUGUCGCUCUGUCGAUAGAUUGUUCCGAGUCAUUUCCUAGGAGUCAUGGCCUUUUGUUCCGAGGGACGAGAUCCUCUGGAGCAUACCAGUCUUUAUCAGCGCGCUGAAAGCGAAGACAGCGAUGCCGAAGGCGGCCUAGGUAAUGUGAACAAGCUGAUAAUCCGACCACCUGGCCACAGUGGCAAAGCCAAGAAGGGUCACAUCUGUUUCGACGCCACUUUUGAAACCGGUAAUCUCGGCAGAGUGGAUCUGAUCUCCGAAUUCGAGUACGAUCUUUUCAUCAGACCAGACACUUGCGGGCCAAGAUUACGCAUGUGGUUCAAUUUCACCGUGGAUAACGUGAAGACGGAUCAGCGGGUGAUCUUCAACAUCGUCAACAUCUCUAAGAGCGCGAAUCUCUUUCGACAGGGGAUGACGCCGUUGGUGAAGAGCAGCAGCAAACCGAAGUGGCAGAGGAUACCGCGAGAACAGGUGUUCUAUUACAAAUCCGCACAACAUCAGAAUCACUACGUGCUGAGUUUCUCGUUUGCGUUUGAUCGCGAGGAAGACGUUUAUCAGUUCUGUCUUACCUAUCCGUAUUCGUACACUCGCUACUUGGGACAUCUCGACAAUCUAUGCAACCGAUUGCUGUACACAAAGCGAGAAACGCUGGCCGAGUCGAUCCAAAAGAGGAAUGUAGAACUCGUGACUAUAACCUCCGACCUCGAAGACACAGAACGACCUAGAAAAGUGGUCGUCGUCCUCGCUAGAGUUCACCCCGGCGAGUCGCCGACCUCCUUUGUGUGUCAGGGGUUGAUGGACUUCUUGGUCAGCGCGCAUCCUAUUGCUCAGAUUUUACGGGAUCAUGUGAUUUUCAAGAUAGUGCCGAUGUUGAAUCCCGAUGGAGUCUUUAUCGGUAAUUACAGAUCCACCGUGAUGGGAUUAGACCUGAAUCGAUCUUGGAACCGUAUCUCCGAAUGGAUUCAUCCCACGUUGCUCGCGACCAGAUCAAUGCUGAAGUCUCUCGAUAAGAACUCGCGCACACCGUUGGACUGUGUGUUGGAUUUGCACGCGCACACCAACGCGACAGGUGUCUUUGUCUACGGAAAUACGUACGAAGACGUCUACAGGAACCAGAGACACCAAGUCCUGCCGAAAUUACUGGCUCAGUACGAGGACUACGAGGAGAACAACACCAUGUACAAUCAGGAUCCCAAUAAAGCCGGCACGGCUCGUCGCUACUUGUGCUCUAUACUGAAGGAACAUGUCAAUUGCUACAGCAUAGAGAUCUCCAUGUACGGCUAUAACAAGAAGGGAUUACCCGGCAUAAUACCGUAUACGGAAGAAGGAUAUUACAGAGUGGGACGCAAUUUGGCACGCGUUUUUCUGAAAUAUUAUCAGUCAACUGGACUUAUUCCGACGGGGCUUCCCGAUCAGCCAUCGAACAGACGAACGCGUCAAUCUCGGCAGAGACAUCGUCUUCCAAGGGAACCUAGACCGAGAACGGUUAGAACACCGGCGACCUUGCAUCUCGCCAGCAUUUACGAGUACUUCCGGGAGGAGGCUGAGCCGCUCCCGAGCGCUCGUUACCGAUCGAUGAGCGGUACGCGGAUGGGACAGCAGCCCGGAACUGGAAUCGCUAGUGAAACUGGAACGGGCGGCGUCGGCGGUGGCGGCGGUGGUGGGUACAGAAACCGGAGCUACAGGUUCCGGAGUCCCGGGGCACCGCUCGACAGGAUGCAAGCCCUGACGGUACGACCCGCCGCCGAGCCGCGACUCACCAUUAUCGAUUUCAAUCAGCUGACACGGGGCGGUUUGGAGCUCGCGGCCAGCAAGAACAAACCGACGGUCCCACGCAAGAGCAUGAAAUCACGCAGAUAGCAAUUGUGCCGCCUCGGACAUCAAGGAGAAUUAAAAAAACAUUUGCGAUUUGUCUGUCUAGUUAUUUGAAAAACAAUUGUACGCUAAUUUUAUUCGUUACGUAUAGAAAACCGAAGAAUUUUGCCUGUCAUAUCGAUACGAAAUUGUCUGUGUGGAUAACUCGAUAGCAAGGAUAACUAUAAACUUACGCAGAGACAUAACGUUCAUUAGACGUGAACAUCCGAAAUUACC